GGUGCUAAGAGUUUGUAGGUAAACCAUGCAAUACGGAUGUUGGGACAAUGAAUUAUGCGUAGACAGCUAACUCUUAUCAAUUGACUGAUGAUAAGAGUAAUCAGUUAAUACUGGUUAGACAAAUAUACCAUUUGGGCCUAACUAUUGAUAUGGGUCGAGGACUCGAGAUUUAAUAGAAAGCAUUUAUCAUAGAUCUAAAUCGGACAUUCUGCCAGUUUCUGCCAUAUUUAUUACAUGUUUGAGUUUGACAGUUACAGUUUGACUGAUGUAAACCUAUGUGAGAUGCCUAUUUAGUGUACAACUCCUAUGCCUUUGCCUGAUUCUUGGAGGUAAAGUAUAUAUAAGCGUAGGUGAAUUCUCAACUGGACAGGUGUUUCAGCUAAGCCUAAUACAAAAAAGAUCUUAACAACGUGUCUACGGCACUUGUGAAAUGAGUAACUACACUUCAAAUGUUUCAACUAGAUAGAAUAAGAUCAUCCUUCAUUAGACAUAACGAUGUGUAAAAUUGAUUAUCAUUCUUUUUUUUAUUUAUGUAGCAAUUUCUAGAUAAAUAAAAAAGAAUGAUAAUGAAUAAUUAAACUAGAUGUUAAGUUUCCACCUUUCAUUAUCUUAUUUCUUUUGUUGUUCUUACAUGUACAUGUAUAUAUAUAUGCUCUCUACCUCAUAGGAUCCAUUCACCUCAUGAUACUCCGAAACGUUGUGUUCCUCAUAAUAAAGAAGUUGACGUCCAUAAAAUCUCUUGCUUAUGUGUAUCACUUCUAAAUGCCUUUUAAAGACUAGAUGUAGCAAUUUCUAGAUCUAGUUGAAUUAUAUUAACAUGAUUAAGGGCAUAAAAAAGAGAGGAAAAUAACAAAUAGAUCUGUGUCUAUUACUUCCUCCAUUGUGACCAUUGCAACAUCCAACAAAGUAUGAAGCUGUAAAGAAUGCCAGUGCAUGUACAGUUUCAUAACCAAUUACAGAUCUAUUUAUUGCAACUUUUGUUUAUCCUCUAAAGAAAAGUGAGAGGAGCGAGAUCUAGAAAUUAAACCAUGUCAGAAGAAAAGAACUGCGAGGAGGACUGCUGCAUUGACAAAGCAACAUUUUAUGCUUAUGUUGCGGGAGGACAGCACUGAAAUGGUGGAUCUGCUGCUGUCACAUACCAACUUCAUCAUGGCCACCAACAUGUAUGGGAAAACUCCCCUCCACUUAGCUUGCCGCAGUGGCAGACUAGACGUUGCCCGGAAGCUGCUGCAGCGCGGCGCGGAGAUCGACUACAAGGACUGUGGGGAGUGUACGCCGCUCUUCCACUCCGUGGACAACAACCAGGUGGACAUGGUCAGACUGCUCAUUGAAGCUGGUUGUGACCUUGACACUUUAAAUGAAGAGCUGAUAACUCCUCUAGAUCACGCUUUACUCUUCAACAGAAAGGAGAUUAUCUCCCUUCUUAUCAAGGCAGGAUGUGCUAUUGACAAAUCAGAUGGACUCAUCUACUACCCAGAUCACUAUGCAAACCACAUUGUGUUUUCUCUGUUAGUUAACAACGACCUUGGCAACAUCAAACUGCUUAAUGACUGUGGAUACACCAUGAAAUAUUCUUUUAUACAAGAGAUGUUUCGAAAGCGGCAUAUUCUAGCAAUGGAAGAAGAGGCCUUUAAGAUGUUGAUGAGAAUGGCCCAGAACCCUCAUAGUUUGGCCAACUUGUGCAGGAUGUGUAUACGCAGGACGUUCCAAGUAAAGAGAUCUGUGAUUGGUCAGUCUGUGGACUCCAUGAUUGACAAACUCGAUGUUCCAGAGAAACUAAGAAGGUUUCUCUCUUUCUGUGAUAUAUAGUGUUUCAUGUGUAUGUUUAUAGAAUCAUGUAACUAUUUUCAAGUGCUGAAGUAUUUAGUGUCAAUUAAGUGGGCUGCCUCCAUGAAGAGAGGAAGAUCGGGGGUUGGAUAAUUAAAUAAACACUUGUGGAAUAAAAUGUACAGAAGAUG